AUGGCGGCGGCGGCGCCGCCCUACCCCGGGAGCGCUAGGGCUCGCCCCCGCCGCCUUCCCGGCGACCACAUCAUCGCCGCGUUGGCGCCCCACCUCCGCUUCGCCGACCACCUCGCCCACCGCAUCGUCUGCCGCUCCUGGCGCCGCGGGUGCCGCCUCAUCGGCCGGGCGCCCCCGCCCUUCCCGUGGCUCAUGCUCCCGCCGACCGCCGCGAGCGGGGCCGCCCCGGACCCCGGCACCCCGCAGCGCCGGGUCUUCUACGACAUCCCCGGCGGGAGGUCCUACGCGUACCCGGUCCCCGCGUCCUACCGCUACGUCGCGAGCCGCGGCGGGUGGCUCGUCCUGGUCGCCUCGGACCCGCCGCGCCGGCUCGUGGUGCUCAACCCCAUCACCGCCAUGCGGCUGGUAGUCUCGUGGCCGUUCGGGGAGGACCCCACCGAGGGAUUCCACGCCGUCCUCACGGCCUCGCUCGCCGACCCGAUGUGCUUCCUCGCGGUCGCCACGGACAGGCUCGUCAAGUAUUGCCGCCCCACUCUCGGCGGCGGGGACUGGGCCACGCUGCGCGCCCCGGGGUUCCGCUACGACACGGCCUGCAGCGACCUCGUGUCCGUCGGCACCAUGGUGUACCUCAUGGACGAGCGGAGGAAGCUCUGGCGCGCCGACCUCGCCGCCGCCGAGCCCAAGGUGGAGCGCAGGGACACGGCGUUCGUGCUUCCGCCGGGGGAGAGGUGGCGCCACUACCUAGUCGAGUCGCUCGGCCACGUCCUCCUCGUGGUCUCGGACGAUCACCACAAGCGCAUCGGGCUCUAUAGGCUCAACUGGGACGCGAGGCUGUGGGUGCGCAUGCCCGCGAGUGGCCUUGGCGACGGCGUGCUGCUGUUGGGCCGCGGGUGCUCCGCGGCCGUGCCAGCGUCGGCCGCCGCGGGCCGCUUGCCUGGCUCGGUUCUGGUGGUGCGCCAGCCGUGGAGGUCGACCUUCGUGCACAUGGGCUUAAACUUUUCUGGUGAUGGUGGAGGUGAGCAACCUUGGUUCUGGACGGAAUCGCGGCUCGGAGCUGGGCUGGACGAUGAUCAGUUGGUGAUGAGGAAGACGGUGCCUCAGCGGCCGGGCAAGUUCACCACCGGUGACUCGUUCUGGUUCUUCCCAGCCAUUGAUCAGAGUGAUUGUCCAUAG